AAAUUGAAGUAAUUCCGUGCAAAAUCUGUGGAGAUAAAUCUUCUGGGAUCCACUAUGGAGUAAUAACAUGUGAAGGAUGCAAGGGCUUUUUCCGCCGGAGUCAGCAGGGGAAGCCGAUUUACUCAUGCAGCCAGCAACAAAGCUGUCCCAUCGACCGCUCCAGUAGGAACCGAUGCCAGCACUGCCGGCUGCAGAAAUGUCUAUCCUUGGGCAUGUCUCGUGAUGCAGUUAAGUUUGGGCGCAUGUCAAAAAAGCAGAGGGCUAUAUUACAAGCUGAGGUGCAAAAACUUCUGAAGGAGCAAAGGACAGAGAUCUCUGGAAGCCUACAAAGUUCUGAAAACCAGGCUGAACAACCAUCCACUACAACACCAGAGCUGCCUCAUUCCACCCAACCUUCUGCAUGGAUAGGUCACAGCAGGUGGGACUCCUCCUUCGCCCCGCGUAACUGUUCACUGACUAGAAUGCAACUGCAGAGGGAACCCCUCAUGCUCCACACCCCAGAAAAGGCACAGACAGAAGCUACAAAUAGGAAAAGCUUUCUCCGAGAACAGCAGCUGAGACCCAAUGUCUUCCACAAUCUGCAAUCAUUCUGCAGCCUCAACUUCAGCAGCUGUCUGCCUCCGGAGUGCCUGCUAUCAGCCACAGAGCUGGAACUGCUAACGCAGAAUGUGGUGUUUGCACACCAAGAGACAUGCCAGUUUCGUCAGGAGAACCUUCAGAUAUUGAGAUGGGAAACGUUCACACCUGAAGAAAUGCAGAGCUUACAGCAAAAGCCCAUGGACCAGAUGUGGGAACGCUGUGUCUGUCACAUUACAGAUGCCAUUCAAUAUAUUGUGGAAUUUGCAAAGCGGCUCAGUGGCUUUAUGGACCUGAAUCCAAACGAUCAGAUUGUACUUCUGAAAGCAGGCGCAAUGGAGCUGCUGUUGAUUAGAAUGAGCCGAGCCUUUAACUGGUACAAUAGCACUGUCUUUUUUGAGGGAAAAUAUGCACAAUUGGAGCUCUUCCAUUCUUUAGGCUGCCAUGAUCUCAUCAGUUCCAUGUUUGAGUUCUGCCAGUCACUCUGUGCACUCAACCUCUCUGAACAUGAAAUGGCCUUCUUCAGUGCCCUGACCCUGCUCGAUCCCAGCCUCCCCUGGCUACAAGAGAGGCACAAGGUGGAUACUCUAUACAGGAAGAUACACUUGGCCUUUAGAAACUUACUUCACAGAACACGUCGCGAGUUCAUUUUAACAAAGCUUCCAGAAAAGGAGAAACUCUCCAGCAUUUGCCAGCUCCACCUGGAAAAGCUGAACAUCUUCAGACAGAUGUACCCAAGAAUUGCAUGGGAGCGAUUCCCUCCUCUGUAUAAGGAGUUAUUUAUCUCAGAGACUGAAAAUUAAUGAGCAGAAUUGGACAUCCCAUUU